AUGCCAGCGGCAGGCGAGGAGCCGAUGAAGGGAUCGCGGCCACCCGAUCUAAUGAUGUCGCCAGACCUACAGAAGAGGCUGGACAAUUGGCGACUGUCUGGCGAGCCCAUAUUACCUGAGCUGAGGACAUCCGAUCAGAUGUAUUGGAUGCGAUUCUCGACCAUCGACCUGCGGCUGAUACACCAUGUCGUCACCGUAUCCUCCGACUUGCACACUCGCGGCUACAGCACGUGCACUGCCUGGGCUGCACGCAUGCCAACACUCAUCACUGUGGCGCUUUCCCACGAUUUCGUCAUGAAUGCUGUGCUUGCCUUCUCUGCAUCCCACCUGGCGUGGCAAACCAAGAAUAGCGAUACCGAGAAUCUUGCCUAUCAUCAUCGAGGCGUGGCGCUCAAAGGCCUCCACGAGGGUAUCGGACACUUCUCUAGAGAAGUUUCCGACGCCAUUCUUGCCGCUUCCAUGCUCUUGUCCUGGCAAGCACCGGAAUGGAAGAGCUGGGCCUCAUUACAACAGGGUGUAUCGACAGUCAUGGCGGCAAUGAGACCUUGGGCUCACGAAUCGGAAUUGGCAAGAUUCCUGGAUACACAGAAGACGAUCGCCCGAGCACGAACGCCCAGCACCCCCUCUUUUCCACAGUCCGCCAUGGUUGCGCCGGAUGAGGACGUACGAUCAGUUGAUGAGAUGAUCACAGCUCUCCAUAGUCUCAAACUACGGCUUGCCACGAAUCAGGAAAUGGCAGAAUAUGCUGGCCGAGUUCUCGACUACUUGACAGAACUGCGCAGCGACUUUCCGAUACCGUCACCUGACAGGGCAUUCAUCAGGCUACAGCCGCUACGUGAUCUCAUAUUUUGGUUGCCACCAUCGGUCCUUCGAGCCGGCGAGUCGGAUUUGGCCGCGCUGACGUUGUUGUCUCACCUAUACGCCACAGCGCUCGUUGUCGAGGCGCUAUUCCCUGAGAUCGGGGGUGCUUACCUUGGGAGCAUGUGUUUGCCUCCUCUAGAACGGAUACACGAGAUUUUGCAGUCCAGACGUGCCGCACAACCCCAAGACAGCGGUUGCACCGUGGCUUUACAGAUUGUCGAGUUUCCUGUUCGCCUGGUCGCAAAUUACAAGUCUCGACAACGCGCAAUGAGCACAGGAAUGGAUCCCUACAGACACUCUCCACACGCAAGCCCUUAUUUGAGCAGUCAUCCGCCGCUUGCGUCGCCGCCAGAGACGAAUGCAACGCUCUACUCGAAUUCACCCCUCCAGACGCCCCAUAAUGUCCCGAGUGGUGGGCAGUUCUAUUCGGGGCCACAGUCAUUACCGCAACGCCGUGACUCUCCUGGCAUGCGGCCCCAGAGCAUAGCUGAGAGAACUUCCUCGACUGGCAAUGCCAUGUCCAUGUCCAUGGUUUAUGGCCAGCAGGUCCCUCCUCAGUCGAGGAGCAGCCACGACUCAAAUCCUAGUCGGAUGGAGUAUUUUGGCCAGCCACAGCAGCAGUACCAGUAUUACGGAGUGAAUACCCACAACCGGGAUCCCAAUGAUGGACGCUACUACGUACCAUCAGUGCAAGAUGACCGGAGCCAGCACCACCAUCAGUAA